CACUCCCCCCGAGUCCUUGUAGAGAGAAUACAUAGAGCAGAGGACUCGGCAGUUUCCAAGAGAUGGCUAGGUCAACGGCCAUGAAAGCAGCGGGACUCAUUCUAGCUCUCUUGAUCUUCACAUUUCUCACUCUUGCCGUUUCCUCCUCAAAUAGCCAGAUCCAAGUCCUCAACGCCGAACGUAGAAUUGACUUGAGUUCACAUAUCGUUAAGGUCUUUUUAACUUUACUGGUUGAAAAUGUUGGGACAACUCCUGCUUCAGAAAUCCUUCUUGCAUUCCCACCUUCGCAAGCUGAUCACCUAGCACUUGUCAAAGCACAAGCAGCUAUAGGCAAGAAGAAGAAGAAAAGUUACGUUCAUCUUGAUGUAAAUCCAACAGAGCUACCUGAUGCGCCAAAUGGAACUAAAUAUUUUAGCAUAUCUUUACUGGAUCCAUUAAGUUUGGGUGAAACUGCCACUCUGGAAGUGCUUUAUAUAUUAACACAUUCUCUGGAACCUUUCCCAGCAGAGAUAAGCCAAUCGGAAUCGCAAUUGGUAUAUUUCCGUGAUAGUGCAUUAAUACUGUCACCAUAUCAUAUUAAGCAGCAAACUACUUUUAUUAAGACACCAAGUACAAAAGUGGAAUCGUAUACAAGAGUGGAACCCACCAAGUUUGCUGGCAGAGAACUGAAGUAUGGACCAUAUGAAGACCGGCCUCCAUAUUCAUUUUCUCCAGUAAUUGUUCAUCUUGAGAAUAACAGUCCAUUUGCAGUUGUUGAGGAGCUUUUACGAGAAGUGGAGAUAUCUCACUGGGGCAACCUUCAGAUAACAGAGCAUUACAAGUUGGCUCAUGCUGGUGCUAGACACAAAGGCGUGUUUUCAAGGGUUGAUUAUCAAUCUAGGCCAUCUUUUAAAGGCGCAUCUUCAUUCAAGCACCUUCUAGCAAGUCUACCACCUAGGGUGCACUCUGUGUAUUAUCGGGAUGAAAUCGGAAACAUCUCAUCGUCACAUUUACGUACAGAUUACCGUAAGUCAGAACUUGAAAUUGAACCGCGGUAUCCUUUAUUUGGAGGUUGGAAGGCUACCUUUGUUAUUGGAUACGGGCUACCACUGGAGGACUUCCUUUUUGAGUCUCCUGAUGGCAAGCGAUACCUCAACUUCAGCUUUGGUUGUCCUCUUGCCCAGACUGUUGUGAACAAGCUGACCAUCAAAGUUGUGCUGCCAGAAGGAUCAAAAGACCCUUCAGCUGCUGUUCCUUUUCCAGUGGAGCAGCAUCUAGAGACCAAAUAUUCAUACCUUGAUGUUGUUGGGAGGACCGUGCUGGUUCUGGAAAAGAAAAAUGUAGUUCCUGAGCACAUUACUCCUUUCCAGGUUUAUUACACUUUCAAACCUAUAUUCAUGCUAGCAGAACCGUUGAUGUUGGCAUCAGUAUUUUUCUUGUUUUUCAUGGCAUGUGUAGCUUACCUACAGAUUGAUUUUUCCAUCCGCAAGUGACAAAUGCUCCAGAAAGGCCAGGUUAUGCAACUUAUUAGUGAUGUAUGUGCCAGUUUUUGACAUUGAUAUGCUCAUUCCGCCAUCCUUGGCCGAGGAGGGUGUCAGCUUUACUUUCUUUGAAUCAUCAGAAACUGAGCAGGUCAGAAUCCGAGGCCCAUCAGUGACCAUCUGGGGCCGCUUAUAAAACUUUUAGAUUUUCUGAAGUGAAAUUAGCUCUGAACUAGAAAGUUUUCUUGUUAACUUUCACUCCACCCUUUGCGGGGGUCCAUUGAACAGUAGUUAUCUUCAUACGUGCAAUAUAAGAAUUUUGAGGUA